AUGGAUAUCACUGGUCAGCAAGCAUAUGAACUCAGUGAAUUUAGUAAGAAAAUUUUGAGCCAAAGACUGAAUUUGAUUAAUUUCCGUGCUAGAGAUCCAAGUCCUGUUAUGAAAAUAAGAGAUAUGCAUCAGCCCUGCAGAGGAGAGAUUAAAAAAAUUCAAGGCUCAAUUCCAAGUAUAAAAAAGUGGGAAAAUGAUGAUUUCAUGAAUUCUACUUGUAUACAAGUCAAGCUGUACAAAGGUUAA